UUACAGCAUGGUGUCGGGUAGUGGAUGUACUGGCAAGCAGUGCCAAUGAUACUAUUUGACAGAAGGGACGGCAGGGACUAACUAUUCGGUGUUUUACAGAAAAAAACAAAUUUAAACUCUCAAGUCACUCCACUCUUCGAAGAUGUCUGAUGCAUGCUCUGAACCUGCCGGGGCCAUCAGAGCUAUUGAUAAGCACUCGGUGCAUCAGAUUUGCUCAGGACAGGUGGUGCUGACUUUGGCCACUGCUGUCAAAGAGCUGGUGGAGAAUAGCAUUGAUGCAGGAGCCACCAACAUUGAUGUCAAGCUGAAGGAGAGUGGAGCUGAACAAGUGGAGGUGGCAGACAAUGGCAAAGGUGUUGAGGAGGCCAACUUUGAAGGACUGACACUGAAGCAUCACACAUCAAAGCUGAGGGAUUUCUCUGACCUCAUCCACGUGGAAACAUUUGGCUUCAGAGGUGAAGCCCUGAGCUCUUUAUGUGCUCUGAGUGACUUAAGUGUCAUUACCUGCCACGAGUCCAGCCAGGUGGGCACAAAGUUGGUUUUUGACCACAAAGGCCACCUAGUGCAGAGGACCCCUCAUCCUCGGCAACAGGGCACCACGGUCAGCCUGCAGCAGCUCUUUUCCACCCUGCCUGUUCGACACAAGGAGUUUCAACGCAAUAUUAAGAAGGAGUAUGCCAAAAUGAUACAUGUGCUGCAGUCCUACUGUAUCAUUUCUACAGGAGUGCGCAUUACCUGCUCCAACCAAAAUGGGCAGGGAAAGCGCAGCACAGUCCUCAGCACUACUGGCAGCCAAAGUAUGAGAGACAACAUUGGAGCCAUAUUUGGACCAAAGCAGCUGCAGAGUCUUCUACCUUUCCAGCAAGUUUCUCCCACUGAAAAUGUUAUUGAAGAAUAUGGACUCAAGGGUGCAGAUCUACCCAAACAGCUUUUCUCGAUCACAGGUUUUGUGUCUCAAGGUGACCACGGUGUUGGGAGAAGCACCACAGACAGGCAGUUCUUUUUCAUUAACAGUCGGCCUUGUGACCCCCUGAAGGUGACCAAACUCGUAAACGAAGUGUAUCACAUGUACAACAGACAUCAGUAUCCAUUUGUUGCCUUGAACGUAGCUGUUGCUUCAGAGUGUGUGGAUGUGAAUGUAACCCCGGACAAGCGACAGAUUUUCCUUCAGGAGGAGAAACUCCUGUUGGCUAUUCUGAAGACCUCUCUCAUCGCCAUAUAUGAGGGUGGAGUCAAUAAGAUCAGCCUGAACUAUACACCUGCACCCAGCACCAAUGCAACAUCAACAUCUGAACCUUGCCGAACUGUCUUGUCUAACGAGAACAAGGCAGAACGUGAGGAGGACACCGAAUCUGUUAUUCUGAGCCCAAAGUCAUCCCUGAAUCUGGCCGGCCUAAAAGCUGCUUUUUCAAGUCAUUACAGUUCCAGUUCUGGGAAGUCGAGUAAGGAAAAAGCUUCCGGCAGUGGCACAACACAGAAAACACUGCAGUCUUUUUUUAAGGAUCCUGUAAAAACUUCCUGCAACUCAAGUUUAAAAUCUCCAUUAAAAUACACAAGACAGCUGGAUAAAUGCUCGUCGGCAGGGAAGUCGGUGCUAGAUGGGUUUAGGUACCGAGUGAUGUCCUGCGAGGACACUGAUUCUCAAAAAGACAGUGCUGGGUCCAGUUGUAACACAGCUGAAGCAAAACCCGAUAUUCAGUGUUCUGACCUGGAGUCCAGUCCUCCAAAAGUGGACAGAACGAGUGUUAAUAAUGAAACUUUUAAAGAGACAUCAGGCAACAUUCACACUGUUCCCGAAGAUCCAGAGUUAGAGACUGAAGCAUGCACUCCUUAUGAGGACUCUGCUGUCAGUCCAGAGGCCAAGAGGGCCAGGAAAGACGAUCCACAUUUCCCUUCAGAAGAAGAAUCCAGCACUUUUUCAAACGCUGGUGAGAAACCUCCCUUGACAGUGGAUGCUCCAGUCUCCCUGCAGAGGAGGACUGUGCAUCUUCAGUUCUCUUUAGCAGAGCUUGCAAAGAAGAUGAGGAGGUUACAUGACCAGCAGAAACAAAGGGCCGGGGAAGAGCUGCUGUACAGACGCUUCAGAGCCAAGAUCAAUCCAGGAGAAAACCAGAGUGCAGAAGAAGAGCUCAAGAAGGAGAUCAGUAAAGAAAUGUUUAAAGAAAUGGAGAUCAUCGGUCAGUUUAACCUGGGCUUCAUUAUCACAAAACUCAAGUCGGACCUUUUCAUGAUUGAUCAGCAUGCCACAGAUGAGAAGUACAACUUUGAGAUGCUACAGCAGCACACCGUACUCCAAGGGCAGAAGCUCAUUGUCCCACAAAAACUUCACCUCACUGCAGUCAGUGAGAACGUACUCAUAGAGAACAUCGAGAUUUUCAAGGGCAAUGGCUUUGAAUUUCUGAUUGAUGAGGACGCUCAGGUGAUGGAGAGAGUGAAGUUGGUCUCACUGCCCACCAGUAAAAACUGGACAUUCGGUCCAUCAGACAUCGAAGAACUGAUCUUCAUGCUGAGCGACAGUCCAGGGGUUAUGUGUCGACCAUCCAGAGUCAGGCAGAUGUUCGCCUCCAGAGCUUGUCGGAAAUCUGUGAUGAUCGGCACUGCUCUGAGUGUUAAUGAGAUGAAGAAGCUCGUGGUUCACAUGGGGGAGCUCGAGCAUCCAUGGAACUGUCCUCACGGCAGGCCAACCAUGAGGCACCUCGCUAACCUGGACGUCAUCUCACAAUACUGAGUCUGCAAAGGAAGGAACUGUUGGAGUAACUGAUUUAAGAUAACUCAAAUGUGUCCUCACUCCAGAUUACUUCUGUCAAACCACUCUUAUGGUAUAUUGUAGAGUUAAAUGGUUUGUUAUUGAUUUAAUGUCAUGUUUAGUUGUGUUUAGAUUUUAAAAAUGUAUAUUACAUAUUAUAUUUUUUUAUUUUAAUAUACACUACACAGAACAAUAAAAAAAGAUA